GCGAGCUCCAGCAAUCGCAUCGCAGCAGUCGACUGUGAGCCAUUCAGAGCAUCCGGGCCGCUAGAAUAUGAUGCCGCGACCCCUGUUGCUGAUUGCAGCCGCCUGCGGCAGCGCACAUGCCCUCGCGCCACUGCAACAAAGCCGGAGAGCGCUGCUGACUACCCCUGCAACCGGCCCCGCGGCGCACGUAAGCCGGCGAGCGCUGCUGACGACCACCGCGACCGGUUCCGCGGCGCUCGUCCUCAGCCCGGCGACGGCAUCGGCCGGCAGCAAACUGGAGGACGGCCUCGCGCUGCCCGACGGCGCGCGGCAGUUCAACGAGUUCCAGGGCCUGAAGGGUGAGUGGACGCGCUUCGGAGAACGGCUGAAGAAGACGGACAUCGACGACAAGGAGUGGGAGGGCGUGCCCCUGUUGUUGCGACGUGUGUAUGAUGCCGGAGAUGAUAUGUUAUACAUGGCCAAGGGUGCGUUCCAGCGUAGUUACUUCCAGACAUAUCUCCCAAGGACGACAUCCACUACUGGCAACCGAGUGCGAGGGCGUGACACCCCGACCACGUGAAGCUGACGAGAACCCAAACUUUGAAUCAACCAUCCGAGGGGCGUUUAUAUGUAUCGCGGGUCGUUCGUCGUCGCUGGCGCGCGGUCGACCGCAUCUCACACAGGCCUCGCCAAGGACAAGCAGGACGCCGCGAAGAAGCUCGCGAAGGACUUCCAGAAAGGUGUGAAAGACGCCGACCGGCCCGCCCAGGCCAAGGACCGGGCGACGGUCAUCAAAGCCUACGAGGCGACCGCACCUUUAUUGUCGGACUUCCUCGACCUCACGAGCGACGUGCCGGCCGAAUUGUAGGAUGUUUAAUGUUUAACACGAGAG